UUAAAGAGCAGCACGCCGUGCGCACUUGCGCUUUGAGAAAAUCAAUAUCCCGAAUAAAAACAAAAACUAUGUGGGUGUAAAUAAGAAAUUAAAAAAUGAAGCUAACAACAGUGCGGUAUACAGCAGUUUUAGGAUUACAAACUAUUUUGUUUAUAAUCGACUUUUCUAUUAAUACUUUCUGGAUUUUCAAUCGGCCACAAAAUGCUAUUAUGCUUGUUUUGUUUAUAAUCCAAGAUGCAUGUUUAAUAUUUGCUUUAUCAACUAUGCUAUUAACAUUUUUUUCAACAUAUGUCUUCCAGAAUGGGCUAUUAGAUUCAUUAUAUAUUAGGUUCAGACUUACUAUAAUUGUUUGUAUGGUUUACUUCAUAUUAACAACUAUUUUGCACCUAUGGUCGUUAAAUUUGGUAUGGGGUGACAAAUCUAUUCAGUGGCCAACAAAAUUUAUAAUUUUCUUGAUAAUUCAUAGACUGGUAUCCGCUCUGUAUUAUUAUUGUUACAAAAGGGCUGCAUUUCGAAUUACAGAUCCUCGUUUUUACGAAGAUGCGGAUGUAAGACACUAAGUUCAACAGAAUGGAC